GUUGACAGAGUCUGCACUUCUUCAAGAACUUGAUGGCCUUGCAGCGCUCGAAAGCCAGAUGACGCGUAAUCUGGAAGCUUUGCGUUCACAGCGUCAUCUGAUAAUGUUGCCUUCGGAUGCUAACAAAUUGCUCAGUCUAUCAGAAAUCCCCGUGGCAGUUGCUUCUCUUUCACGAGAAAUCAGCUUGCUUUUGGUCGGCUGUAUUAUUCUUAUCAGUGUUCGUACAGUGUUACGACAGGUUGGCCAUUUGAUCAAGUCCUCAAGCCGGACUAUUGGGGCUGCUUUCCUUCUCUUGUUCCUAGCGCAGUUGAUGCUUCGUUCCGCUUUCCCGCCAAAUAAACAUCAAGCUCCUCCCGCAACCGACCAUCCUGAUACUAUGCCGCCUAGAUCAGAAAAUGAUCCUCAAGUCAACUUAUUCUCUUCCCUCCCAGAAUACCAGCUCUUUGGGCUCUUAUUUGAUGGGUCUUUCCUGGCGGCUGCAGCUGCAACGGCAGCAAUGAUUUGGGCUCACAGGCAGCUUAACAGGGCCGAGAUAUUCACAUAG